AUAAUAAUGGGUUGAAGAUGAUCAAAGAUACAGUAAUGCAUGAGAACCUUACCUUUUCGUUUCGGUCCCUCCGUACAAAAGAAAGGCAAAAGGCCCAUCGAUUUGAAACUGGUAACCCUGAUGUACCACUUUUAGAGUCGAACAAUGGCCAAACUGAUAUGUCGAUAAACCAGAGUCAUGAUACAGAUGACGUAGCUGUGUCAAUAAAUCUACCACCUAGUUGGCUGGAACUGGUAGAAGAUUGCAUAUUUACAUUCAAAAAUGUUAAGAACAGAAUUAGAGAUUUAGAUAAUGCACAAAACAAAAGCCUGUUGACUGUAUUCGACCGAUUGGGGAAAAAGGACCAUGGCCAAAUAGGGGUUAUUACAACCGAUAUCGCAACAAUGAUGAAAAAAAUAGAGCGUAACAUGGAUAUCAUCGGUAGAGAAUGUCCUGAUUAUGUAGAAAAUCAAUUGCGCAAAAACGCAAGGCAUAAAAUCGCAAGUGAGCUUUUAGGAUUGUCUGAUACCUUUCGAAGACUGCAAAAAACAUAUUAUGAACACGUACAAGAGGAUAAACAAAAUCGAGCCAAUUCGGCAAUUCCAGAAAUAGCUCUGGUCAAUGAAAGUUUUGUACAAGAGCAAGUUCAAGUAUCUCAUGAAAAUAUAGCAGAUCGUACUAAUAGACUCCACGAAAUUACAAUGACCAUGCAGGAACUUAGAGAUAUGUACACCCAACUUGCUAACAUGAUUGUAGAACAGGGGUCCAUGCUCGACCAAAUAGAUUAUAAUGUUAGGUUAUUCACUGAAAACACAAAAGGGGUUGUUCGGGAAUUACGUAAAACAUUAAAAAAGGAGACUUCAGGAUUUGCCAUCAAAAUGGUGCGCAAUCUGCUGCUGGUUAUUUUUGUGGAGAUCAUACUUUUAGUCAUAAAAUUUGCAUAAAUUCGUGUUUAAAUAUCAUCAUUGAAAACUUUUUGUUGGU